AUGUUCCUACGCCGAUUGUUCGCCAGACGAGGAACGCCCGCGUCAAUUACACGUGACAUCGCGCCAACAUUUGUACUAGCGGAAACCAUAACCAUUCUCAAUGAAGGCCUCAAAUCCAUACGAAAUGAUCCAGAACUCGCCGUUUUUCUACCGUUUCAGCUUCACGCUCCUCCACACUUCGACCAUGACAAUACGAUAUCGGCGCUAAUUGCUUAG